UAUGACUAUGAUAUGGACAACGACUGGUUGAUAUCGUCAGAUGUAAAUGGAAAGAUUACAAACUAUGAAUACAACAGUGACAACUCUUUAAAGCGGAUAAAAUAUUCAUCUGGAUCUAUAGAAGAAUUCGAAUAUUUCACUCAAGGAUGGUUGAAAAGUAUUGAACUGAUUGCAAAUGGCACACAAAUGGGUAACAAGGUAUAUACCUUUAAGGGUGAAGCAACAGUUACGACCUUAACUCAACCGGACAAUGUGACACUGACACUAACUUACGAUGAAAAUGGGGAACUUGCUUUACGUAACAGAUUUGGAUUCUUAACUGAAAAAAUUCAGAGAACAGAGCAUGAUAAAACUGUGUCCCAAGGCGAUUUCAUAGUUUCCAAAAACAUAUAUGACGAACUGACGAAAUCAGUAUUAUGUGAAGAUGCUAACGGGGAUUUUUUGACUAUAUCGUACAAUGAUCACGGACGUGUUACAGUUGUGAAGGAUGACGACAAUAAUGCGUAUUCAGUGUCAUACAAUCCUGAUGGCAAGAUAAGGGCUGUCUUGUACCCAGAUAAUACUACAGAAGAAUAUGCUUAUGAAAAAAAUGAACGAAGUUUUAAAAGUAGGUCUGGGCAAAACAUUAGAUCUGAAAUAGAUGAUAAUGGAAAUGUUCUUGUAAAAGACUUUGGAAACGAUCGCGUUUAUUCAUUUUCUUACGAUGAACAGCAUAGAUUGAAGGAGGCAAGGAAGGAAAUAGGAACAACUUCCAUUGGCUAUAAUUCUAAUGGUUUACCAGAAUAUGUCAAGUUUCAAUACUUUCAAAAAGAUAUGUAUGUAAACUAUAGUCUUAACGACAAUUUUCAGAAAUCCAGUAUGAAAUUGUCUUUAGAGGGGUAUGAUGUCAGUUAUGAAUACAAUUCAAAAAAUUUGCUUACACGGGUAAUCAAUGCUUACGACAAUACGAGUUUGUUGAAGGUUGAAUAUAACGAAAAGAUGCAAUUGAAGAAAAAGAUAUUAGGUAACGGUGCUGAAACUGUAUACACCUACUUUGUGGGUACGGAUCUGCUAAAAGGUGUAUAUAACUACUUACCAAAUGGAAAUCUAAGCACAAAAUUUGAGUAUUUAUACGACCUACGACAGAGAAGAAUAUCGUUAAAAACAAUGGAUGGCAACUGGAAAUUUCGAUAUGAUCCAUCUGGGCAAUUAACGUACGUCAAACAUCCUGAUGGCACUGUGAAAUCUUUACAGUAUGAUAAGCGUAAAAAUCGAAAAGUUGUUACUAUUAAUGAUAUAAAUAAAGAAUAUACUGCCAAUUCAUUAAAUCAAUAUACAAAAUAUGGAAAUGAUGAGACGUUCAAACACGAUAAAAAUGGUAAUUUAAUCUCAAAAGAUGGACCUUCGAAAGAAGAUUUUAUAUUUAAUGAUGAAAACCAAUUAGUCCAAUUUAGAACACCAGAUAAUGAAUGCACCUUGGAGUAUGAUGGUCUUAAAAAUCUUAUACGAAAAAGUUGUGAAAAUGAACGAACAGAAUAUGUGGUUGAUGCAUUUGGGCGAUUUGGACAAGAUAUUUUGGCAGAGAUAACGCACAAAGGCGAAUCUACAGAUACCCGACUAUAUUUUCAUGGUGGUGAUCAAUUAGGAUUGAUAGCUAUGAAGAAUAAUAAUGGAUAUUACUAUUAUCAAUUUGAUCCACUGGGAUCAGUUGUAAGCAUGUUAGAUAAAAACGGUGACAUUUUGAAUUCCUACAGAUAUGAUCCGUUUGGAAAUAUUACGUCAGAUAUUGAACAGCUACACAAUCCAUUUACAUAUAUUGGUCAGUGGGGUGUUAUGAACUUGAAGCAAAUCAAAGAACUAUAUCUUAUGAGGACACGAUGUUAUGAUUCUCAGCAUGGACGAUUUUUAAGCAUGGAUCAAUUUGCCCUAGACGGAAAACUGAAAAAUUUCUAUGCUUAUGCAUACAAUAAUCCUGUUCAUUUUAUAGAUCCGAAAGGAAACUUUCCUUUCCUAGUCCCAAUUCUAUGGAAAGGAGCAAUAAAUGUAGCUACUUAUUAUGGAACUAACUAUUUGACAAAUCAAGAGAGUUCUCUAGGAGGCGCUGCAGGUGCCUUUUUUGGAGGGAUGGUAGGUGGUAUACCUUUUGGUUUGAUAGGGGGUAAAAUCGCUGGCUUUAUUGGUGGUAAGUCUGGGAAAGUAGCUGGAUAUAUCAUAGAAAAACAUGGAGAAACUGUUGCUAGGAAGGUAGAAAAAGCAAUUCGUGAUAGCGUUUUCGGAGACAAACCAUUCAGCUGGAAAGGCUUUGGAAAAGAUCUUGCUACAGGAAUACUGAAUGAUUAUUUUCCUGACGAUACUUAUGCUGGAGAACUAAAAAAAGCUGUGGAACAAAUAAUGGAUCUAAGUAAUAAAUCAUGGGAUGACCUGCUUCAGGACGCGAAGAAUUCUGCAUCGAACUUAUUGGAUAAAUUAAAAGAUAAAAUAGUAGAAUGGAUAAGUUCAUUUGAUCCGAAUGACAUCAUUGGACCUUUAGGAUAUGGUGCUGCACGUUUCAUUCAAAAGGAUACUACAAUGAGUAUAAAAAUUCGAUUUGAAAAUGUCGCUAACGCAACAGCUCCAGCACAGAGAGUUUUCGUAAUUUAUGAAUUCGAUAAAUCCAUAGAUAUGAGGACGUUCAAAUUGGGAAACUUUGGUUUCGGAAAUUUCAAUCACGAAUUAAAAGAACGAACACAUUUUCAGGUUUCUGUAAAUUUGACUGAAAUAUAUGAUGGUUUGUUUGUUCGCGUUCGAGGUGGAUUGGAUAUAUUGAAAAAGAGAGUUACUUGGGAGUUUCAAACCGUUGAGGCCAGUACAGGUCUUUCUCCGAGUGAUCCACGUAAAGGAUUUCUCCCACCAAACAAUGGGACCGAUGGACAAGGAUAUGUUACGUUUUCUGUCAAACCAAAGACAGAUGUUAGAACCUUGACAAGAAUUGAUUUAGAAGCAUCUAUUUAUUUCGACCAGAACGAACCGAUUGAUACACCAUUGAUUUUCAACACGAUAGACGAUUCUCCUCCUGACAUUAAUGGCUCUGUUGUCCAGGAAAUGUUGAGCUCGGAAAUUUUGGCAGUAGCAAUUUCUUAUCAUGAUAUAGGAUCUGGAUUUCAAUCUACAGACGUCCUACUGAAAUCGGAAAAUGGCUAUGAGACAUUACUGACUGGAAUAACCGAAGAUGUCAUACAGAUACCAUUACCUCCUGGUGAGGAAUAUCAACUUUUAUUUAGUCCUGUGGAUUUUACUGACAACCGACCUGGUCUCGAAAGUAUCAGAGAAACGAAUACUAUUCAUGUACACUUUCCAAGAGUACCAGGUAUUUGUAUUGACAAGAACAAUUGUUCUGGAAAUGGAAACUGUACAAGCAACAAUAAUUGUGUCUGUGACUUUGGAUUCUAUGGUUCCGAAUGCAGCGAAGAUACACCACCAGUUGAACCACCAAUAAUUGAUGCUCGAGAUGCCCAGGGAUUUGAAGAUUCAGAAAUAACAAUAUAUAUGUCAGCAAAAGUAACAAAUGGAACACCAUUCGAUAGCUUCAAGUUAUACAUCAUGAAUUUACCUGAAAAUUCGACAUUUGCAUUUGGACAUUUGGUUGAUUAUCGUUGGGAAUUGGAUUUUAGUGAUUUCGGAAAUAUAAGUUUUAUGCCACCAAGGGAUAUAUCUGGAAAUUUUACAUUUCAUGUCCUUGCUGAGUUGGUACAAGGUUCCCGAAACUCUACGAGAAAUAGUUUCAUUUCCGUUCUUAUCGAACCUAUUCUUGAUGGUGUUGACAUGCGAACUAGAGUUGAUUGCUUUAGCAUGGAGAAUAAUUAUGCCAAUUUAUAUAUAAAUGCACCUUUAAAAGACAAAGAUAGUUCAGAGACGCUUGAAGUUAGCAUAACGGUUCCUGAAAACUUUAACUUGAGUUUAGGACAAGAAACUAAUACUGGAACAUUUGUACUGUCGUCUACGGAUAUAUCAAAUACAAUUGAAGUAUUUGGGGGAAAUAUGUCGGAGGUUGAGCACUUCAAUAUAACAAUAGUUGCGAUAGUUGUGGAGAAUGGAACAUCGCUGCAAAAGUCUUACAGUGAUACUGUUAUUGUCGAGAAAUGUACAGAUUUAAUGACAUCAACUAUGAGUGUCAGCCCCGGUCAAGGUAUUGAUUCAUCAACAACUAACAGUGUAGAUGUCUUUACGACACAAAAAGCUACAGAAGUAGGAGUGGAAAAGACGUAUAUAGAGAGAAUAGAUUUGCGCCUUGAUUUUGAAGUCACAGUUGAUUUGACAGAUACAACAACCGCAAAAUACAAAAAACUGUUUCAAGAUAUCUUCACAGGGUUGUUCGAGUAUUAUUCUCAAUCAUCUAUCAAGGACGUUUUUAUCAAUAUUACGUUGCUCUCAAUUGCGAAAGGCAGUCUUAUUGCAAAUCAUGACGUUAUUACUAGCACAGAGUCGAAAGAAGAAAUCACGAUGACAUUAGAUGCGAUGAAACAGAACAAUCCUUUAAAGAUCGGAAAUCAAACUGUUAAAGCGUUGUCUUUCAAUGUGAUAGAUUCAUCAGAAAGCGGUACAUCACAAGUGUCAAAACUUUGGAUAGCUGUUAUAAGUGCUGGUGCUGCUGUGAUUGGAUUUAUAAUCAUAGUAACCACUGUCUACCUUAUACGAAAAAACAUGACCAAACACAAAGCUGAGCAAACCCUUGUUCAAGAGGAUUCACAAAAGCUGAUGGACAUGACGACUGUCCGUAUGUAUAGGCCAAAACUGCUUAGCGAAUUGAGCAGCUAUGAAAAUCCAGUAGCUGUACCUACACAACUUUAAAAUAUGAACAUGGACAUGUAUUAUUUUAAUCUGCACACUGUAUUUAAGCUCGUAUUGUACUCACAUGUAGCUUUAGCUUACUGGGAACAAAAUGAUAGUGUUUGCUUUCCAAUAACUUUUUGUAUGUCUUCCGUUUAUCGUUUCUAACAUUUUCGUCUCUGAACCCGCUUUUUAGCCUACCUGAAUCAUUAUAUAAUCAUUGGGGAACUUUGUUUAAAAAUAAUAUGUCCGAUUAUCCCGUUUCCCUACCAAAGUGGCCUAUAUUGCUAAAACUUUAAAAGGGAAAAUUCGCGAAUUUUGACUUACUAUUUGAAUACGUUUAUGAUACCUUCAGCAACAUUUUCACAACUUGUUAUCGAAAAAUGUAUAAUAAUAACGAAGAAAUUAUAACUUUUAAGUCGGCUUCAUAUCUUGACUUACAUUUAGAAAUUGACACUGAGGGUCGGUUGAAGACAAUCUUUACGACAAAAGAGAUGAUUUCAGCUUUCCAAUUGUGAACUUUCCAUUUCUAAGUAGCAACAUUCCAGCAGCACCUGCAUACGGGGUAUAUAUCUCCCAAUUGAUACGAUAUUCCCGUGCUUGAAUUUCCUUUCAUGAUUUUCUUGAUAGAGGGUUGCUGCUUAUAAGGAAGCUAUUAAACCAAUAGUUCCAAAUGGUGAAGUUGAAAUCAUCCCUUCGUAAAUUUUACGGACGACAUCACGAGUUGGUUGACCGUUAUGGAAUAACCGUUUCACAAAUGAUAUCGGAUAUGUUCCUUACGUCGUAACUACAAUCCCCUUCCCUUUCAUGAACUUGACCUACCGAAUUAGACUAUUUACCGGAUUUGUAAUCACAUAAGCAUCACGACGGGUGCCGCAUGUGGAGCAGGAUCUGCUUACCCUUCCGGAGCACCUGAGAUCACUCCUAGUUUUUUGGUGGGGUUCGUGUUGUUUAUUCUUAAGUUUUCUAUGUUGUGUCAUGUGUACUAUUGUUUUUCUAUUUGUCUUUUUUCAUUUUUAGCCAUGGCGUUGUCAGUUUGUUUUAGAUUUACGAGUUUGACUGUCCCUUUGGUAUCUUUCGUCCCUCUUUUAAUGAUUGAUAUUUACCAAUUAGUUGUAACCAACUAACAAUGAAUAUAUAGAAUGAUUAGACGUGCAACAUUUAACAUUCAAUAGUUAAAACACUCUUUUAAAGACAUAUAGAUAUACAUGUAUAUUAUUUUUGUUUAGUUCUGAUAUUAAUUGAUACUUUUUAAUUGGAAAUUCAUGACUGCUAUUUUGACCAAAGAUACAUAUUAUAUAUUAGGAACAAUUUGUAGAAAGAAGUAUAGAAAACGGAAAUUGUGAUUUAAUAAUUUGGGGCGAGCAAAGCGCUAUUUGCUAACCUCAUCAAAAUAAUUGGAAUAUCGCCACGUAAAAUUGACAUAUAUUUUUUUUUAAUCUUUGCGUAUUUUAAACCUGUGACGUCUAGGACUUUUUUUAUGAACCAAGGAGCUUUUAAAAAAUCGCAGAAAGGUUCAUAUUAAAGUUGGUUUUUUUCAACAGAAUGUCGAUCACUUGAGUAUAUCAAUUAUAGAUUGAAUUAUAAAUACAAGCUUAUUCGAUAAUCAUAUGGGUUUUUUUUUAUUUAAAAAUCGAAUGCUUCUUUUUAUUAUUUUAUUUGAAUGUUGAAGCGUAAACAGAAGCACAUUUUGUUUGAAGCGUAAUGUGCACACAAUCAACGCUUUUACGACCAUUUACAAUUAUAUUGAGAAAAAAAAUAUAUGUUUAUGCUAAAUUCAUGAACAUGCAGGUGAAGUCAUAGCUGUUGUAUUUUA